AUGCUGAAAAGAGUUGAUCCCACAACCACCGUUCUUAUUACUUACUUACAAACAAUUGAUACUUCUGUUGAAACCGGGGUUCUUUUGGCUAGAGAAGAAGAAAAGAAGACUAAACGUUCGAAGAAGGUUGUUGCUGAAUCUUCUAAGAAUUCUGUGAAAGAAUCUACAUCAACAAAUAGUCCAAAGAAACUACCAAUCUCAGAGGCCGAGCCAAUCCAACCAGAAAUUGUUGUUGCUGAUACCCCUUCGACUCAAAAGGAAAUCAUUCCUGCGAAGACUGGGGUUUUUCGCAGAAUCAAAAUGAAGUCUAAGCAUAAGAGUAGAUCACCUUUAACCAAUGUUGUUCGCAAACCAUAG